AUGCGCUGGGCGGCUUACUGCACGGUUCAAGGUCUAUACAAGAUGGCUCCCAAGGUUCGCGCUGUUCAAGAGAGCACAUCCCUCGGUCCCGAGGUGGGCGAAGGUCAAUUGGUUUUCGGCGUUGCUCACAUCUUCGCUUCAUUCAAUGACACAUUCGUUCACGUUACCGAUAUCACAGGAAAAGAAACCGUUAGCCGUGUUACCGGUGGUAUGAUGGUCAAAGCUGAUCGUGAUGAAUCUUCUCCAUACGCCGCAAUGAUGGCCGCUCAAUCUGUCGCCGCUCGUUGCAAGGAAGUUGGUAUUACUGCUCUUCACGUUCGUCUUCGUGCAACUGGUGGUGUCGGUUCCAAGACACCCGGUCCAGGUGCACAAUCCGCUUUGCGUGCCCUCGCCCGUGCUGGAUUGCGAAUUGGUCGUUUGGAAGAUGUUACCGGUGUCCCAUCAGACUCUACUCGCCGCAAGGGUGGUCGUCGUGGUCGUCGUCUUUGA